AAAAUUCUCAAAGUUUUCGCCUGCGGUGCAAAAAAUCAAAAAAUUUCCUCCUUGGCCCUCUCUUGAAAAAAUCCUGGCUACGGACCUGUCGGAACGCACAUCACAGGAAAGACAUUUCGAGAGAGCUAUCAAAUAAAUAUCCGUUCGUUUUGCCCUUCUUUCUCCCCUUACAAUUGCGCCCUGCUCCUUUUGGGUGCAACUCCAGCUUUACCUAUCCUUACGUUAAAGCCCUUGCCUUUACAUUAAAAUCUUUCUCCCGAAUUUGUGAACAAAAAACUUACGGACAUCAAUUCAUUUUUUAAAAAUAGUUUAAAAAAAUACAGAUGAAAGAAGAGGAAUUUGUUUGUUUAAAAGCAUUGGCAUUUUUACAUCCAGAAGCUAGAGGAUUAUCACAACAUGCCCAACAAAUAAUACGUGAAACUAGAAAUAAAAUACUUAAAGCUCUUUAUUCAAUCAUUUUGGCAUCUAAACCGGUAGACGAGGCUCCAAGUAGAUAUGGAAAUAUUCUUUUGUUAGCGCCAGCCUUAAAGGCACUGACUCAAUUGUUGAUUGAAAAUAUGACUUUAACAAAGUUUGUUUUUAAAUUUUUUUUUGAUUGCCGUAAAAUAGAGGGGCCACCUCCAGUUGAAUGA